UUCCUGCGCAGAGAGUUAGACAGGUGUGUUGAAGGGUUCGACUGGUCUACAGUGAGACAGGUGGACGCUGCAGGUCUGCUGAAGCUCUUCAUCAGAGAGCUGCCAACACCUUUGCUGACACACACACACCUGUCCACCUACUGCUCUGUGCUGGGUGUGUCCUCAGUGGUCCAUCAGGUCCAGGCUCUGCAGCUGCUGUCCCUGCUGCUUCCUGAGGAGAACCGAGACACGCUGCGAGCACUGCUGGUCUUCCUGCAGAAGGUGGUCUCUCACCAGGACCAGAACAGGAUGUCCCUGUGGAAUGUCUCCAUGGUGAUGGCGCCCAACCUGUUCACCUGCCCUCACCGCGGCAACAAGCGCUCCACAGCCAAUCAGCAGGAGGUGGAGGAGGCGGUGGGCGGAGCUCACCUGGUCCGCCUGAUGAUCACGCACCAGGACCUUCUGUGGACCGUCCCGAGCUUCCUGCUGUCUCAGGUGAGACAGAUGAACCAGGCGUCCAAUCAGAAACAGUUUGACCUGAGCAGGGCAAAAAGACGACUGCUGAGGAGGAAGAACGACAAGAUUGACGUGAACCAGAUCACGGAGCUGUGUGACGGUGUCAUCAGGGUCCACGCCCCCCUGCACGCCAAGGUCUCCAUGGCCCUACAGCUGGACGGACAGAUGACUGCCAAAGACGUCAUCGCCCGCUUUGAGUGUAACAACAGCUCUGAUCAGCAUCUGUACGAAGUCGGAGGAAACAUCUGUGAGCGGCGUCUCCGUCCAGACUGCGUACUGCUGAACGUCUACAGAGUGAAUCCUCACUGUGAUUGGCUGAUCAAACCCUGACACACACACAUGCACGCACGCACACAGCCUGUGUAAAGACUCUGAGCUGUCUCACCUGUGUGACAUCUGGUGUUAUCACCACAUGGGGACGCCAUGUUGUCACAUGAUCAGCUGAUCUUUGUACUUCCCGUGUUUUCUAUGUCUUACUCUCUGGAUCAUGUUAAAGUCACAGAGAACUGCAGGUGUUGGUGUGUCUCCCUCUGCUGGUCAGCGCCAGUUCCUGCAGCUUCGCUCAGUGUGACUUCAUCACCUGAAACCACGUCGUCAUCGUCAUUUAACCCUCUGAACCCUG